GAGCUCUCUUACAAACCCCAGACCACGACAUGGUUGAAGAUAGCGGAUUUCACUUGAUCCUCAACACUCGGAGCAUCUCUGCAACCAACACGGAGAGAGUAAGAAGAUGCCUCUGCAAAACCCUAAAUUUUGAAAUUUGGGUUUUGCUUCAGCUCGCAUCAAAAAUGGGAACCGCAGAUGAAAAGUUCAUUAAAAAGGAAUAUUAUUUACACGUGGCGACAUAUAAGUGGCUGUUUGAAAGAAAGAUAAUAGACUGCGUGACAUCUGAUCACUAUUACAAUUCACUUCCGAGUCGUUCCGACGCCGCACAACUCUUCCUUGUCCAACUUUCUCUCUGUUUCCCUGUGUCUAUUGCUGCGCCGCCGCCGCCGCCACCGGCAUCCCAGAGCACAGAGACGAAGAUGAGCAAUCCAGCUCAUGAUUUUCAUGAAGAAGAAGACGACCAGGGGGAGAUAUUUCUUGAUGAAGAUGACAUAAUCCGAGAAUCCACUGUUGAUGACGAAGAUCUUCCUGAUGCAGAUGAUCAAAGUGUUGAUGAGCCUGAUGACGAUGAUUCCAUGCACACGUUCACUGGCCAUAACGGUGAGCUUUACACAGUUGUCUGCAGCCCAACAGAUCCUACUUUGGUUGCAACCGGGGGUGGAGAUGACAGAGGGUUUCUUUGGAGAAUUGGAGUAGGAGAUUAUGCUUUUGAGCUUCAAGGUCAUAAGGAUUCUGUUUCUAAUUUAUCAUUUAGUACUGAUGGGCUGUUGCUUGCAUCCGGAAGCUUGGAUGGAAUUAUUCAAAUUUGGGAUGUAGCGAACGGAGUUCUGAAAAAAACUCUCGAAGGUCCUGGAGGGGGCAUUGAGUGGGUCAGGUGGCAUCCUAGGGGGCAUCUGGUCCUGGCUGGUUCAGAGGACUGCACGGUCUGGAUGUGGAAUGCUGACAAUGGUUCCUAUCUUAAUAUGUUUUCAGGCCAUGGUAGUAACGUGAGUUGUGGUGAUUUUACCCCUGAUGGUAAAACAAUAUGCACUGGUUCUGCUGAUGCAACUUUGAGAAUAUGGAAUCCAAAAAGUGGCGAAAACAUUCAUGUCAUACAAGGUCACCCAUACCAUACUGCUGGGUUAACAUGUUUGGCAAUAAACUCUGAUUCAACUCUAGCUUAUACUGGUUCUGAAGAUGGCUCUAUCCAUAUCGUCAACAUAACUACUGGAAAGGUUGUUAGUUCCCUAGCUUCACGUUCAGAUUCUGUUGAAUGCAUCGGGCUUGCACCAAGCUCUCCAUGGGCUGCAACUGGAAGUAUGGAUAAGAAGCUUGUUAUCUGGGAUUUGCCUUCUUCGUCGGCCCGUGCUACAUGUGAACAUGAGGAUGGAGUGACAUGCUUGACAUGGCUUGGUCAAUCAAAUUACCUAGCAACAGGUUGCGGGGAUGGAAAGGUUCGAGUCUGGGAUAGCCGCUCUGGGGAUUGUGUUAGAACCUUCAAUGGCCACACCGAAACCAUCCAGUCUCUUUCCGUUUCUGCCAACCAAGAGUUUCUUGUUUCAGUAUCUACUGACGGAACUGCCCGAGUUUUUGAGAUUGCAGAAUAUAAGUGAGCAAUAUAGCCUACAUAGCUUUGUAACGAGUAUGGUCUUACAGUUAUGCAGUACAUCGUGUUCAAAGAUUCUUAGUUGAGAUGAAUGCCAAUACAUAGUAUUUUGUGAUAACAUUUUUAACAUUA